AUGGCUUCUCUCCGAGGGUACGGCCCGUACUCCCAGCUGUUAUCUCCGGGUAUCACCGUAAAUCGGCGACGCCUGCCGCUGAUUCAGGCAACGGAAACGGCAGGCGGCAAAGCACCUGCGCUGCAGCAGGAGCGGGCGAACUUCGUGUCGCUCGGCUCCGCCGGCACGGAGCCAGAGGCCUCGGGCUUGGCCCAGCCUAGGAAAAUAAAGCAAAGCACCAACAUCCUGCGCGUCAGCACCCCGGCGCGGCUGGCCCAGCUCCUGCUGCCCGCCGCCGGCCCCGGGCCGCCCGCCGACCUCCACUGCGUCCUCGUCACGAACCCCCAUUCCUCGCAGUGGAAGGAUCCAGCGCUGAGUCAGCUGAUGUGCUUCUGCCGGGAGAGUCGCUACAUGGAUCAGUGGGUGCCAGUGAUUAACCUCCCCGAGCGGUGACCGCGCCGGGAUGAAAACGAACUGAACCGAAUUGCACUGAAGUUUUGCAAUACUUUAGCAGUUGCUCAGGAAAUAACUCCCUGCCCUGGCACAAGGAUUACAGGGGAGGGGGGAGUAAAAAAAAAAAACCAACAAAAAA